ACAGCUCCAGCGACCGCCUGUGUGCGCGCCGCCGCCGCCGCCGCCGCCGCCGCCGCCGCCGCCGCCGCCGCCGCCGCUGCCGCGCCCGAGCGGCACCGGAGCCCGAGCCGCGACCGUCGCCACCCCGCCGGCUCCGCGGCCGCCCGCCCGCUGGGAGCUGUCCAGUGCUGAAGCCCGUGCCGACAGCCAAUCGCGCCGGCCGGCCGCCUCCCCCACCGGGCCUCCGGUGCCCCGCGAGCCCCCCGCCCGGCUGCACCAUGCCGCGUUCCUUCCUGGUGAAGAAGAUCAAAGCGGAUGGCUUCCAGUGCAGCGGGGUGCCAGCCCCCACCUACCACCCCCUGGAGACUGCCUACGUGCUGCCCGGUACCCGCGGGCCUCCGGGGGACAACGGUUAUGUGGCGCACUGCAUGCCCCCCAGCGGUUAUGAUGGCGAGCAGAAGCCUGGGCUGGAGCUGGCGCCCACAGAGCCCGCCUACCCGGCCGCGGCGUCCGAGGAGUACAGCGACCCCGAGAGCCCACAGUCCAGCCUGUCGGCGCGCUACUUCCGCGGGGAGGCGGCCGUGACCGACAGCUACUCCAUGGACGCCUUCUUCAUUUCUGAUGGGCGUUCGCGGCGGCGCCGGGCCGGGGCUGGCGGGGACGCGGCAGGCGCAGGGGAUGGGGGCGGCGGCGGGGAGCGCGCGGGGCGCUCGGGGGCGACGGCGGGAGGCGGGCACCGGCACGCAUGCGCAGAGUGCGGCAAGACGUACGCCACGUCGUCGAACCUGAGCCGCCACAAGCAGACGCACCGCAGCCUGGACAGCCAGCUGGCGCGCAAGUGCCCGACGUGUGGCAAGGCCUACGUGUCUAUGCCCGCGCUCGCCAUGCACGUGCUCACGCACAACCUGCGCCACAAGUGCGGCGUGUGCGGCAAGGCCUUCUCCCGGCCCUGGUUGCUCCAGGGCCACAUGCGCUCGCACACCGGCGAGAAGCCCUUUGGUUGCGCGCACUGCGGCAAGGCCUUCGCCGACCGCUCCAACCUGCGCGCGCACAUGCAGACGCACUCGGCCUUCAAGCACUACCGCUGCCGCCAGUGCGACAAGAGCUUCGCGCUCAAGUCCUACCUCCACAAGCACUGCGAGGCUGCCUGCGUGAAGGCCGCCGAGCCUCCGCCUUCCGCCGGCCCGGCCAGCUGAGCCUCUGCCAUGCGGGAUGCCCGCAGAGGCUUCUCCCAUCCCUCAGUCUGCGUCUCCCCUGCCUGCGCCCUGGGUGGGGUGGGGAUGAACCCUAUCUUGGCCUAGAACUUUCUUUUCAACCCCGACUAAGCCCACCAUUCAUUUCCUGCAUCUGAUCUUCCUUCGCACCCACCUACUUUGUCCAUUCUGGCCACCACUCGGACCUUGACCCCAUGUCUGGCCUUUAAGGCUCCCAACUCAGGCACCAGGUCCGUACCUCUUCCAGGUCCCGGCGCUGGAAGUUUCUCCGGCCCCGACUCUAGGCUGUGUUCCUUCACUAGAUCUCUCUUCGCAUUUCUCAGCUGAGUCAUUGGCCAUUCCUUUAUUGGAGCCCUCAAUCUAAACCCAAAUGUACCCUUGAUUUCCUAUCUGCCUCAGUUUCCCUGUUCACACAGUCCUAUCCUUGGGUCUCUGCUGAAUUUCUGUGUGUGUGUGUGUGUGUGUGUGUGUGUGUGUGCGCGCGCGCGCGCGCGCGCGCGAGCUCAUGCAUGCGUGCAGGUGUCUGUCUGUCUGUCUGUGUCUGUCCAUCCAGGAAUCUAAUCUUCACCAUUCUUGGUGUCAUUUGCCUGUCCAUCCCUGAGCCCUUCCAUGCUUGGGCCUUAGCUCCAGCCACUUAAGCGAUUCCACCUGACAUUCUCAGUCUAACCGGAUCUCUCCAGUUCCUUCUUCCUUCUAGUAGCUCCCCAGUCCUCAGUUUUCCUAGCCGGGAACAGACUUGGGAGGCAGCCCAGGGCUCUGCCCUCUCAGGUGACCCCUCUUGGCCCAGGACAAUUCCCGCCUAGGCCUCAGGCCUGGAGCUGCGAUUUCCCAGUUUCUGAGCACUUUCCCUCACCCCGGGCCUACAGGUUCGCCUCGGCCAUUGCUAGAGGACAGCCUGGAGCAGCACCUCACCCAUGGACACAUCCCCUCGUCCGGCAGGGCCCCUUCCACUAUUUAUUUGUGUAUUUAUUUAUUUAUCUAUUUAUUAUUCUAUUUAAUCUCUUGGCUUCACCCAGGGACUGUCUGGCUUCCCCAGCUGGACUGGGAAGUCAAAGGGCAGAGUCAGCAAGGCCGUCGCUCGCUGCUCCUCCCCUUAUGGGUCUAGGGAGAAGCCCACCCACAUCAGAGCCUGAACUCCUUAGGAAGAGGCCUGGAGAAAUGGGGGGAGGCGGAGCCUGCUGAUCCUCAUCUGGCAGGGGAGGGGCCAUCAGAAGGUCCUAUUUGGGGGCAGGUCCCCGGCCUUCUGAGCCUUCCACUCCUGUCCCAGGAAGCCCUUCUGGAGCCUCUCCCUUUGUUUCUUAUUUAUUCCUCUUUCAGAGGGACCCCAGGUUCCAGGGACCGACUGAGCCCCGGACCCCGCUGGGGCCUCUGGCCUGUUCCCGGGAGGAGUGCUCUCUCCCGGCCACGACUAUGCAACUCUCCCGGGCAGAGGGGCCGGGACUGCCAGCCAGGCGCCUAUUGGCCACCACUACCUCCUCCACCGCGCUUUUGCAUGCCCGGGCGAGGACCGAAGCACACACCUCCGCGCGCACCGGCCCGGCCCCCUCUGCUUUAAGCACACGCCUCUUCCCACGUCCCUCUGUGUUCCCUUUGUGGGCAAGAGCCCUGGACGCUCAGACCUCCUUCCCCUCCCCCUAGCCACAAAAGAGGGUGGAGACUGCAGACCGCCCCAGGUUGCUCUCUAGGGCUUCGGAGGGGGUGGAGCUUCAUUGAGCCCCAGGCUCCCGGAGGGAGGCUGCAGAGAUGGUGGGAGAGAGAGGGGUCACCAGAAGCAAUUAUGGAGGGUGCUGACCCUGUAAAUAGGAACUUCUGACAGCAAUAAUUUCCCAUGCAUGCUAAAUCUUUUGGACCCUCCCUUGUCGUACCCCCAACUCACCCCCUCACCCCUAUUCCUUUCCCAUCUUCAGCAGUAUUACUUGUAACGCAAUUCAGGGAUAUUAAAGGGACUUUGGCCACUC